GCACCAACAACUUCAAACCAACUUGAACAGUUCGAUCAAAGCUCUAAUCCAUCGAUAUCGCCAAUACUUUAUCUCUCUUGUUCUUCAAUUUCCCACUUCAUCGGAAAUCUCUACUUCAAUCGUCCAUCAUGUGCCAAACCAUCCGCCAAACGAACCACAGCUGUGGUCACCAAGUUCUCACCAGCAUGGGUAAGUCGAAGUUCUGCCUCUUCUUCCCGCACGAGGCCGAGGAGUUUCACUCCGUCAUCACCGUGUACGUUAAUGGACCGCAAGGCUACCCGUGCUACGAGUGCAAGGUCAAGAUGGACGCGUUCGGGAACGGUCUGAAAGGAGCCGAAAAGUACCAGUACGUGAAGAAUAGGUACGCGAAGAGCCGCGAGGCACAAUCGAAGGCAACCGCAGGCCAGGCCAUUGCCGCCGCAAAGAAGAGUCAGCAAUGUAAGCUUAGCGCGGAGAAGGUCGCCCAGCUGAACGAGAACGCUCGAACCCAGGUCGCGUUCUACUUCCGCAAAAAUCGGGUAGCGAACAUGACUCAGCGGGCCAUUCUCCUCAGGACCAUCAUCCAGAUGCCCGACGUCAUUGACCGUAAGAGCCUCGUGAAGUAUUUUGCCUCUUACGUAGUCUGGGACUGGACAGACAAAGCAGCGCCAGCGUGGAAGGGCUUGCCUUCUGCUAACAAGGCCGUUCUUACGACCAUUUGCCGACGCGCGGGAUUGACCAAGACUUUCGAAGAAGGGUUGAAAGAGCCUCGCCCUCUCGAGGCGAAAGCAGCAGAGGUGAAUUAA